AUGAUCACCGGCAAGCCAUCGAACCAUGCUACAACCUCUACCGCCGGCAGCGAACGGUUGCUGACUAUGGCACGGUCGCGGCAGAUAGUCCUCGCGCCUGAAAGGUAUGCCGAGGGCAGUACAUACCGGCACCCGGUCCGGGCUGGACACCCCGGUCGGUCGCAGCUUGGACGUGAUAAUUACACCGCAUUACCGACACGUACGACGAAAACUGCCGGGCAACAUCUUCACCGCUGUCUGCUGCUGCUGGUCAUCUGGAUCAUCUGCUGGAGCGGGUUCGGCUGUGAUGCGGCGGCAACACCGGUCAAGAGUCCGCUUUCAGGGUACGGGCGAGGUCCUCCAAUGUUUAAGCGUAUGGGUGGCCUGACCGACUCGAGCAGGAUCUCGAACCUGACGCGUCUUCACAGUGGUGAUCUGUUUUAUACAUUUGAAUCGGAAAAAUGUGACACAGAUACGUGCGUGGGGCUGUCGAGCGGCACGGCGGAACUAUCGAUUGGUGGUGAUCGGACCGGCACCGGUACGGUCAACGGACCCCACCGAAUCCCCGGAAGUACGGACCACAUCAAAGAAAUCGACAUGUCAUCGGAUGCGGGCAUCGAGUGCAAGUGUCAAUGUUUGCCGCACCUGAGCACCUACCGGGAAGAUCUCGGCAUCUGUGUGGACGAUAUUAGAGAAUGCACUCUAGCGCCGUUCAUCAGCGGAUCAAGCUCGGAAAAGAUACCGUUCGUCUUUUUGCCUCACCGUGGCCAAAUCGUUCAUCCGAGCCGCGAGAUUGGAUUUCCCGGUGUCAAGAUGCCGAUGUGUGCUGUGUCGGCUGCCCAGUACCUUACCACCAACGGUUGGGCGGAGCUGCGCAACCCGAUCGACACCGACGUCCCGUUUCGGCUGUUUCGCGACGAGGGCCGCAUCUACCUGCAGUGGCUCGGUGAACCGGAGCUACGCCAGCGGAUGCAGGGCCGACUGGUGCUGGUGCAUCUGAUGUGCCGCGACAUGACACCCCGCCUGUUGCUGGAGGAUAGCCGGGCCGCUCUUCAUCACGAUGACAUGCAGAUGCCGAACCAAAACAUCUUCACACCGUGCAUCGCUUUCCGCGUCGUUGGGACACCGAUCAAAUACGUCACCAAUGUGACUGAGGUGUCGUUCGCCUCCGAAACGCAUAUUGAACAGCAGUCCGGCCUAUCGACGAAGGAGUACAUCGUGAUUGCGGUCUGCAGCUUGUGCCUGGGCCUGAUCUAUAUCGCUUCGGUUUUUCUCUACAUCCACAUGAAGAAACGGAAGAGUAGAUCGGGCUCGAACGAUGAUGGUAAUGGUUUGAAGAACGACUACUCCACCUAUCAACAGAACGACCAGGUCACGUUCGGUGUUGGCAUGGGUGCUGCAGUUAGCCCAUUUGGUGGACAGGCACGGGCCAGCUUCAUCGGACGCAAUGCACUCGGCGGAAGUCAACGGCAGGGUGGUGGACCAACCGUUGGACCACACCGUGGGCUCACGAGCGUGGGUCUGCACGCGGAAGAAAUGGGCAUCGUGAAGAACAAUCCGCUGCUGAAGCAUUUUCCGAAUCUGAGCGACAACUCGGGCUUCAUCAGUGACAAUUCCAAUUCGGUGUCGGAGUUUGAGGAUGAUAUAACGACCGACGUUGAGAAGCAGAUGCAAACCGGCAAACAUCAGCCAAAAAACUUCUCAGGGCGUACCGAAAUGGAUGGCGAACUUCGCCUUCAGCAGCAGCAGCAGUUAUCCCAGCAGUCCGCUCUGCUUCUUCAUCAUCACCACCAUCUUCAGCAGCAGCAGCUGCACCAACACCAGCAGGAUCCGUUGAAUUCCGGUGGCCAGGAUACGGAGUGCCUGCCCGAGGAAAAUGUAUCCAUUGUCGAAGAACUGAACAACGAAGAAAAGCUCGAAAGCAUGAAAUCCAUCGUGAACGGUACGAUGCGCCGGAAGCUAUACUUCAAUCCCGCCUACUUCGAACCACAUCUUCUAGUUUCACCUCCACCGGCAGCUAUCGAGUUUCUGAAUAAGAUCCGCGAAGUGAUUACGAUCGCGAAGUACAAGAUGUCCUCGAAACGGUUUCAACCAUCGCUUAACAUCAUUCCGGAGGAACUGCAGCACGCGGCCGGUUCAGAGACGUACGCCGCCGUUCAGACUGCUCCGGCGAGUCGUCGAAGUAGUCUGAUCAGUUCACGCAAGGACAGCUCCAGGAAGAGCGCUUGCUCGGGGUGUCCUGGGUGUGAGAAGAAGGUAGCCGCAUCCGAUCCGGUUAUGGUACCGUCGAGCAACUGUAAGAAUUGUGGUGACAAGCAGAACAGCAUUCGCAAAUGGCUGGAGGACGUUUCUUCUACGCAUGGAGACGGUAUUGCCGAGGUGGAUAUGUACGAUAGUAAAUCGAAUCUGCUUGCCAGUGGCAGUGCAUCCGAAACGGAUGGAACGACUCCAACACCGAGACCGGAGGGAGGAAUUGCAAACGCUGGUUUCCUGGGUGAUCAGCAGCGAGAGUCACUCAAAUCGCAAGAUGAUCGAUCGACCGCACCUGACUCGUUGCCGAUUCGGCCGGAUAUUAAGAAGCAACCGAAAAGUCACCGACCAUCAAAGACGGGGAGUUUACACAGCGACAGUUCGUCAACGUCGGACAAUGAAACGAUUGUAGCAAACAGUGUGAAGGAACGAUCCUCUGUCGUGCGCAUACCGUCCGCAAGCAAAUCGGUACGCUCGGACACUAGCUCGGCACCGAAAAUUGUAUCGCACAGUUUGAAGUCGGAUUUGGCUAGCAAGAUGAGCAAGCUCGCUAUGCAGGACGGUGCUGGGGCGUUGAUGAAGAACAGCAGCUUCAUUUACGAGGAGAGCCGGCCAGCGCAACCAAGCAACCAGGAUCUGUACAUCAAGAAUACCAACAACUCGGUGGCGAACCUCGACACGAACAAGAUGUACGAUAAGCGGGAUCUUUAUAGCAUCGCCGGAAGUGAGAUCUACAACAACCCUCAGUUCGAGGCGUCACCGGUGAUGUCACACAAGAAACUUGCGGUAACGCACUCGAGUCAUCAUCACCAUCACGGUCAUGGCAAGAAGCCCCCAGUACCUAACGGAGCAGGAGCAGGAGCAGCAAGAGCACCGUCCGUAGGCUCGGUGUCACUCGCCGCUUCUUCCAGCAAGCGUCGCCAAGAGGUAUUGGAUCAGUAUGCAAACGUGAAGCCAAUGAAGUUGCGUAACAUCAAUCAGAUGCCGGACAUGGUGUACGAGGCUCUCGCUAUGGAUCAGCGGAAGAUUCGAUCAUGGUCAGAACGUCAUGCUGAUCGGUUGAUGCCACAGAUGGAAUCGUUGGACUACAAUGUCGACUCCUCAGACAGUCGCUUCAGCAGCAUCGAUCGCCACGAACGCUACCGGAAUGAAAAGUUUUUUCACGACUUUCUAAACUCGGACCAGGAGUGCAAUACGCUCGGGAACCGGUCGGGGAAGAAUUCCUACAGCAAGUAUCAGCCGGACUCACCGAUCUAUUCGCGCAAAUCGCCUCACUACCUGAUCGUGGACUACGAAACGGAUAGCUUGGAGCGGGUCACCUCUAAGACACCGAUGAGCUUCAACACCUCCACGACGAACAGUAGCGAUCUGGGUUCGCAACCAUCACCCUCGCUCAGCACCGCGCUCCCGCUCGAAGAGGAGGUCGAGAUACGCAAUGCCAUAUACGAUCGGGUGGAGGGUUUUAGAAAGGAUACUGACACGAUCAAGACGGAACGCGAAGCCGUCAGUAUCCUGUCCGAUGAGUAUGAAGACGUUCCGCAGGCUUCGUCACAUGGCACGGGGCAGCCAGCAAACGCGAGUGGCAAGCCGAAGAAAAAGGUACCGAAGAUCAAGUGUGACACGCCAUUUCAGGGGAGCAUCACGAUCGAGGUGGAACACAGUCCCGACGAUUGCGAUCUGUCGGCGACGGAUAGCGAUCAGUUCGAGCCGGACACACUCGACCGUAAGCCUAAGAAAAAUGGGCAACCGAAGAUCGCCGUUAGUCGCCAUCGAAGCAAUGUUUGGGAGAGCGAACGGGGACGCAGUGAAUGUAGUGCAAUCGAGUCGAAUCUAACCUCACUGCCGGCUGAUCUAAACAGCCACUUUGUGCUGAAGUCUACCGGAUCGUUCAAACACGACACGAGCUUCGGCAGCUUGAGGGAGAUCUACGAAUCCAAGAACCCAAAAGCCACCGCCCCUGCGGUCAUUCGAAGUUCGCUGAACAAUCUGUCUGAUUUGGACGUAAAAUCGGGGAAGUUGCUUACGCUCGAGACGAGGCACUCACGUCGGCAGCGUACGAAUGUGGGCGAUGCGAUGAUACCGGCACCGAAGUUGGUACCGCCGGAUUUGAUACCUCCGGAGAAUGCGCGACAGCCCACCCUGUACGAUCAUCCGCGGUUGCAGUUGAAGAAGGUGGAAGAUUAUGGGGUGGCACCGAAAAAUUUGGCCUGCUGGAGCAAUAGCGAGAAACUGUCCAACCCACCGACCGGGCCGGCACCGAAGCCAAACUUCUGCACCAACAGCGAGAACUACGAAUCGAUCAACAGCUUCACGGCGGAAAGUGACUCCACUCAGUUCACGGGCAUUUCGGACAACGAUCGUACGGCGUCUGGUGGCAGUAAUAGCAACAGCAGCAGUACGGGCAAGAAUCGUAACUCGAAGGGUAAGCUGCCCAACUACAGUCACGUCCACAAGAAUCCCGCGGAUCAGUCGCUUUACAUCACCGAGCAGUCGGAGUACGCGAGGAUCGACGAGAAACAAACAUCGCCGGAGGAGUUGAGUGGUAUUUUGGAAAGCUAUAUGACGCUUGGAGAGAUGAAUAGUAAAAAUUUCUUGCAGCAGGUGGACAGUAAGAUAUACGAUCUGCGUACUCGUCAAACGCAACAACAUCAGCAGGUGAUGAGUAAGACAAAGUUUAUCGAGGACAUCGAUAAGAUCGAGGUACUGUCGACGAAAACGCUCUCCAACUAUAGCUAUCCGAUCAAUCGGAACGGACCGUCAAUCAAUCCGAAGGAUAGUGAAGAUGAGAAACCCACCAUCUACGAUAUCAGUGCACCGAUUCCAAUAGGAAGCACGCCCUCGGGUUCGCCCACUACCACAAAAGUGUUCCGUGUGGAAUUGAACCAGUCCUCGAACGGUAUGCAGAUCGCCAUGGGGCUACGGGAUCGCGUGAAAAAGUCGAAAGAUCUGAAGAACGCAUGGAAAAAGUUUAUCGGAAUAGCUACGGCUAAGUUUAACGGUAAGACGGGUGAUCAGGACCUGGAGAAGACAUCCGAUUCGUCCGAUAUUCUCGAAAAGGACGAAGGUAUAUCAUCGUUGAUCGAUGACUCGUCCGGUAGUGGUGCAUAUGGAUCGCACUACCAGCAGCAGCAGAUGCUUCGCGCCCAUCAUCAUCAUCACCAUCGGAAGCGUUCCGGGCAGGGACCAUCGGCAGAGGACGGAGAGAAGCCAACAACCUCGCGCACCAUAACGAUCGUGAGGAGUAACUCGCGAUCAAGCACCAAGGAACACGACAGCGGUUACAUGAGUGCUGACUCGAGCGAAUCCAAGCUGAACGGUAAGAAGAUUUAUGAGCGGUUCAACUUCAGCUCUCAAUCUUCCGACGGUACCGGUACGGAUGGGCCAAUCCUUGAGGAGAACAAGUACGAAAUAUGUGCGCUCCAGGAAUUGAACGAAAAAGCACCAGGAACUCCGGAAGCCAUCGGCACCAAUCGAAGCGGGUCGUCUACGGGCGGAUCUUCUGCGACUGGCUCUCGAUCGGAUAAAUCGAUCACCCGACCUCGCUCACCACCACCGCCACUUCCCCCACCGAACCCACCACCACCUCCACCGCCAACGGCUACCAUCCCGACGAAGAAGAUAUCCACCUCACCGGGUGGUGCCGUAAAGGUGAUCGAAAAACCCCACAGUAAGCCCCCUCCUCCACCGUCCCCUCCUUCCUCUUCCUCACCCUCCACUACCUUGACGACGAUCGCACGGACGGUGACCAUAAACCGGGGUGAGAUGGAAGCGGGUCCAUCUCACCAAAGGCUCCAAUCUCCGAAUGGCGUAUUCUUCAACACGACUGACGCGAUCAGCGUGCGGGUGUAUUCGUCCGAUGACGAGAAGUUCGAGGGUAGUGACGAUGCGUCCUGCAUCUCGGAUGAGGACGAUCUCGACUCGCACCUGGACGACAUUUCCGAGUCCGGGGCGGAGAGUGUCGAGACGCAUUCGGUGUUCUUCAAGAACAUACGCAAACCAACGCAUCUGACGGUCGCACCGAGUGCAGACCGUGCAAUGGCUGCCGCCGUUCACUAG